AUGAUUGAGAGUGGAUUAGAAAUGCUCAAGACUCUUGAUGGCAUGUUUGCUAUUUCUAUCAGUUCAGCAGGGCAGAAUGGGCUGAUUGCGGUUACCAAAAUCACCAUGACUGGAGGAAGUGUGCGGGAUCAUUGUUUGACAAUGAUCGCAAACUUCAAACAAGCGGAUGACAAUGUGAUCAAAUUUGCUAAGGAGGUGAAAGUUGACCUACUUCUACAAUCACUUCCUGAAUACUUCAAUCAGUUCAAAAUAAAUUAUAGUAUGAACAAGAUGAAUAUGGAUCUUACUCACCUAAUGCACGAUCUUGAGAAUGCUGAACAGUCUCUGGUCAAGCAGUGGUUCAAACAUAGUUUGCCUAUCAGUCAAGGACAAAGAAUUUUAAAGCUUGGAAAUGGGGAGCUUGUGUCUGCACUAGCAGAAGGACAAGUUGUUUUAUCAUUUGAUAAUUUUUGA